AAACAAACGUGUGGGUGGCAGAGAAUACAGAUACUUUUGCCAUUUGAGGUAAGUACGAGCUACCCGUCUCAUCUCCUUCGCCUUGUUCACACGUUGCAGGUCUAGGGUUUCUAUUUUCUCGCUUCGCAAAAUAAAAUUUCCCCCCUCCUGCGCUCUCUAUUUCUGGUUUUCCUCAAUCAAUUACAGCAUCUUCUUGCUUGAUUAUCCCGAUUAUGGAUCAGGUACGCUCAAUGGUUCAAUACCCUUCCGCUGCUUGUUAUGCCGAACUAUUUUGAUUUCUUUACAGUAUUGGAGUUUGACGACUUCUUGUUUGGUUGCUGGGUAAAUUGGAAGCUGCUCUGAACUGUAUUGCGCUGUUUUGGCGGCAGAAUGUUAUGCUGUUCCAUUAAGCAGAUGAUGGAAUGAAGUUUGCCCAAACAGCAUGGAGCCAGGACUGGGUGACGAAGUGGCUGCAAUAGAUGCUGUUGGUGGGAAAUACCUGCAAGGAAAAGAUGGUGAUCAUUCACUGAAAGCAGAAAGUGGCAGUUUAUUGGAAUCACAUGAAAUGACUACACCUGGUGAGAGCCAAUAUUAUAGGGGCUUCUCCCCUGCACUUGGAACUAUUUUGGAGGGUAAGGAACUGGUUAGAGGCGGCAUGUUGGAACAUCAAUGUGCUACUCCUCAUUCUAUAGGUGAUACAGGGAUCAUGGUUGAAGAGUUAACUCUGAAAAACUUUAACAGCCAAAGCUUACCUAUAGUGGGAACCUCCAACAAUAGAGAUAAAGCACAGACUAGGCAGAACCAGUGGCAAAAUUUCUAUCAGAUAACAAGUGGGAUAGGAACUGCCAGCACAUGGCCAGGUGCUCUACAAGACUGUGGCCAGCCUACAGCAAGUGCAUGGGAGGAUGUUGGUUACACAGUUUUUCCUGAGUUAUUGAGCCAGAAUCCGUCAAAUGAGGAUCACAACAAUGACAUGGAACAUCAACCCAAUAAUGAAAACAAUGCUGCUGCAAGCAAUGUCUCAACACCAUGUGGAGGUAUCAGGACAAAAAUUCUUUCCAACUCUGGGUUCUCCCAGUAUUUUGUAAAGAAUACAUUAAAAGGUAAGGGGGUUAUAUAUAAAGGUCCUGCUCGUGAAGCAUCUGGCAUGGAGCUUAGGGGCAAGACUAGUUCAAAGGCUGCCAGUAAUGCUGUGGUAGCUAUCAAUGCACCAUUAUGUUCUAGCAUUAAGACUUCAGUGAUUCCUACUCGUGGUAUUGUUGGGGGUGAACUGGGGCCUUAUCUCAAUGGUUUUCAUGAUGGAGUCACUUUGAGAGAAUGGCUCAGAGGUGGGAAAUAUAAGGCAGAUAAAGUCAAGAGCUUGUAUAUAUUUCGGCAGAUUGUGGAUCUUGUAAAUUUCUCUCACUCUAGAGGAGUUAUGUUGCAUGACCUACGGCCUUCUUGCUUUAAGUUGCUACCAUCAAAUCAGGUUGUAUACAUUGGCUCUUCUGUGCGGCAAGGAACUGCCAAGGAUCUUAUAGAUCAAGAUAGUCGUCUCUUAGAAAAUGAUCGAAAUGAGAAAAGGCCAAUAGAACAGGCCAUGCACCCUUAUCUUAGUCAAGUGUUAAAGAAGCAAAAGUUUGGGGAAAGCCUCAACUCAGUCAGACAGUGGCCCAUGUUUCCAUCACGAUCUGGCUCUAAAGCUUCCACUGCCAAUAUUGCUGGUUCACAUGAUUCCUGGAAUGAACGUAACAAGGAGCACAGACUGAGAAGUGCAUGCAAGAGUGAAGGCAACUCUGCCAGCCCUGAUGGAUCUGAUACAUCUCCAUUGAUGUCUGCUUGUGGAGGUGAUCCAUUGGAAGAGAAGUGGUAUACCAGUCCUGAGGAGCUUAGUGGGAUGGGUUGCACAUUUCCGUCAAAUAUCUAUGUUCUGGGUGUUUUUCUCUUUGAGUUGCUUGGGUCGUUUGACUCUGAAAGGGCACGUGCCACUGCCAUGUCAGAUCUGCGCCAUAGGAUUCUUCCACCAAAUUUUCUGUCAGAGAAUCCUAAGGAAGCUGGAUUCUGUCUUUGGUUACUUCAUCCUGAACCAUUAUCACGGCCAACAGCAAGGGAAGUUCUGCAGUCUGAUGUUAUGAGUGGAAUUCAAGAAUCAGUUGGAGAUGAGCUGUCAUCAUCUAUUAACCAAGAUGAUACUGAAUCAGAAUUAUUACUACAUUUCCUAGUCUCAUUGAAAGAUCAAAGGCAGAAUGAUGCCUUGAAGCUAGUUGAAGAUAUUAAAUUCCUGGAAACAGAUAUUGUAGAGGUAGAAAGACGACAAACAAGAAAACCAUUAGUUCUUUCUUGCUCGAGGGAUUCUCUUGAUGCUAGGGGAAAUAGGUUUCUUCACAGCGGAUCCUCUGCAUUUGAGGUGCACCGUAAGUUAACCCCUAGAACAAAUAAUGAAUUGAUGUUGAAAAAUAUUGAUCAUCUGGAAAGGGCAUACUUUGCCAUGAGAUCCAGUGUUGAACUUUCUGAGAGCAAUGUGGCCACACGCCCAGAUAAAGAAUUACUGAAAGAAAGAGAUAAUGUGUAUCGGGCACAGAAUGAUAAAGAUGAAAACAUGCCAUCAGAUGAUCUUGGUGCUUUCUUUAGUGGUUUGUGCAAGUAUGCUCGUUAUAGUAAGUUUGAAGUGCGUGGAACAUUAAGGAAUGGAGAUUUUCAAAAUUCUGCAAAUGUAAUCUGCUCUUUGAGUUUUGAUCGAGAUCAGGAGUAUUUUGCUGCUGCUGGGGUAUCAAGGAGAAUAAAGAUUUUUGAGUUUCAGGCACUCCUUAAUGAAGCCGUUGAUAUCCAUUAUCCAGCAGCUGAAAUGUCUAACAAAUCAAAGCUCAGCUGCAUUUGCUGGAAUAGCUAUAUCAGGAAUUAUUUGGCUUCAACUGACUAUGAUGGCAUAGUCAAGCUAUGGGAUGCAGGAACAUGUCAAGGGUUUUCUCAGUAUAUUGAACACAAUAAAAGGGCUUGGUCUGUGGACUUUUCUCAAGUGGAUCCUACAAAAUUAGCCAGUGGAAGUGACGAUUGUACUGUAAAACUCUGGAAUAUUAAUGAGAGGAACAGUUUAUGCACAAUCAGGAACAUUGCAAAUGUCUGCUGUGUUCAAUUUUCUGCUCAUUCUUCUCAUUUGCUAGCCUUCGGCUCGGCUGAUUACAAAACUUACUGCUAUGAUCUUCGGAAUGUUUCAAGCCCCUGGUGUAUAUUGGCUGGCCAUGACAAAGCUGUUAGCUAUGUGAAAUUUUUGGACUCUGGAACUCUUGUUUCUGCAUCCACUGACAACACUCUAAAGCUUUGGGAUCUCAAGAAAACCAGCUCAACAGGCUUUUCAACCAGUGCUUGCAUCUCAACCCUCAAAGGGCACACUAAUGAAAAGAACUUUGUGGGUUUAUCUGUUGCGGAUGGGUACAUAGCUUGUGGUUCAGAGACAAAUGAGGUGUAUGCUUAUUAUAGAUCCCUGCCUAUGCCAGUCACUUCUCACAAGUUUGGUUCUGUUGAUCCUAUUUCUGGUAAAGAGACUGAUGAUGAUGGUGGACAGUUUGUUUCAAGUGUGUGCUGGAGACCGAAAUCUGACAUGCUUGUGGCUGCCAAUUCCACUGGGUGUAUAAAAGUGCUGCAGAUGGUUUAAAAUUAGAGUGGAUUGUUCUCCACCUUUUCUGAAGAACUGGAAUCCUCCUUAGAAGGCUUCUUUGCAGCUUGAGACCCCACGCAAUUUCAUCUAGUGGAUUUUUUGGCCAAGGACUUGACUGUGAAGCAAGAUGAUAUUCUGAAAAAUGGAAACGAUCUGGGGUAUUACCCAAUUUGCAAGCUGGAAGGAUAUAAGCCUACUAACCGCUGUAUACUGCAGCUCUUAAGCCCUUAAAAGAAAAGCCAGCGGUUCUGUGAAACUGGCGCCAUUUCUAGAUCUCAAGGAUCUGGCUGUUUGUGUGAAGAUUCCACUAUUGAGAGGUUAAAAAAUUUUUGUUACCACAAAAUGAGAGAUUACAGAAGAGGAUUGUCUUGCAGCUGCUAGGAGGUGCCGACAUAACUGCUUUGAGUGACAUCAUCAAGGUCAAGAUAUAUCUGAACUAGUUGAUUGCUUAUAUGAAGUGAAUUUUCCAGGGCACUGAAGGGCAAUCAACUGGUUAUGGCUCAAGAAGUUGUACUGGAUGAACCCAGUUUUCCACAGCUUCUCCGAAGCAAUAUGCUGGUGCGUCCUUCUAAGUUUGAAGGACUUGCAUCUUUAACUGAGGUAUACCGUAUUUCUUCACACGAGCAUUUCCACUCACCAAAUUUCUCUUCUUGUUUUUAUCCAGUUGUACUUAAACACAAUGAAGCAUAAAAGGUAGCCUUUCUUGUACAGUUCACUGUAAGCGGGAGCAGAUACUGUAAAUUUUCCCCCUUGCAUAUAUAUAUGAUCGUUUCUAAGGAAGAAAUGGCAGUAUGUUGGAUUUUGUCUGUUGGUGAGAGCAAAUAUUGUAAAAUUUCCCCUUUAUAUAUGAUUGUUUCUGCGGUAGAAAUGGCAGUAUGUUGUUUAU